AUGCUUCAGAUGCUUCGAAAUAUUUCAAGUGUCACUCGUGUACAUGCAUAACCUUCGUCCAAGAAAUAAAUAAAUAGUGGCGAUUUUAUAUUAACAAAAAUGACGACACAUAUUAGUUCGCAAAAAUUGAGAAUAAUUAUAAAGGAAGAAGAUUGGGAUCAAUUAUUAGAAUAUGUAAAACCAAAGUAUUUUGUCAGACAAGAGUCAGAGAUGUUACCUGAUGCAAGUAUUUUAGCACAGAUAUGUCAGAUACUUGUGACUGAAACCACUCUGGAUAAGAUUAAAAUUUUAUGCUUGAAAUGUCUGGGUAAUUCUUGCCUCGACACUUACAAAUACAAACGACACACGUUGGAAAAUAUAGAAUCCGAUGAAUACGAGAAAAAUUUGUAUAACGAAUUAGCUAAGAGUAAUUUGUGCGAGCACACACACAAGCAGGAUUGCGACUAUCCGCAUGAAUCUCAUUUUCCUUAUGAUGGAGUUAUAAAAUGGACUAUAAAUUAUAUUAAAACUCAUAAUAAAUCUACAGAGAGAGACUACUUGACUGACAGUGAAUCUUUAGAUAUCUUUAGGCUCAGCAUUCAAUUUUUAUGUAAUUUGUUUACAUAUGCAUGUCCAAGUAUAGCAUCCCCAAACAAUGAUGCGCUGAGAUAUUUAGACUGUGAUAAUUUAAAACAAGCUAUUCUGAAUAGCAUGCAAUUUGAACACAGACCCCUAGUCAGUGCAGCAUGCAUAUAUGUACACAAUGCGCUGAAAGAAUUACAUUACACUUAUUUUGCAAAUAAUGAAAAAGCUCUAUAUUUGCACUUAUUAAAACCUAUUAAAGGAGGUUUUACAUCUGCAAAGGAUGCGUUCUUACGCCUGUUACAUCACUCAAAUGGAUUUGAAAAUGUAUACAAUAGUAUGGCCAUGAGUGAAAAAUUGGAUUUACUUGAAAUCAUUUACAAUGAACUUUGGGAGUCUUGGCAAUCUGAUCACUGUAUAGUUCUCACAGAUGAUCAGGCUGAGUUUCUAGCACUAACAUUUUGUAAGAAUAGUGAUCUCAUUUUAAAAACUGUAGACACGUAUGUGGACAGCGUAAACCCUACAGAAAUUAUUCUUAUUCUUAACAUUUUGGGACUUCUUACUACACGGUACAAGUUUUCAAGAAAUGCAAGGCCUUUGCUUAUUAAUUGCAAAUAUCUCUUGAUGUCUUUACACAUGUUGGGAAAGGAAGGAAAUAAUUAUUUUACUCCAAUAACGAAUUUAAGUCAAGUGGCACCAAAUUCUCAAGAAGAAACAACUGUUGUAAAUUCAAUAAUACAUAAUGAAGCAACAAUAGUAAAGUGCGAUCUGCAAGAUCAUCCUGCAUAUGGCUUUAAAGCAGGACUAAUACAAGUUAUAGCAAAUAUGGUACACAAGAAUAAAAUGUGUCAAGAUCUUUUUCGCGAAAUAGACGGAAUUCCAUUACUCUUGGAUUGUUGUAAUAUAGACGCGAGGAAUCCACUUAUAUUGCAAUGGGUCAUUUUCGCUGUGAGAAAUCUAUGUGAAGGAAAUCCCGAGAAUCAAAAUGUCAUACGAAAUUGCAAAAUGGAAGGAGUGCCGAAUAAUUCCUUGCUGGAAACGAUGGGCUUGACUUUGCACGAGGAUCCGGAUGGGAAUUCGAUUCGAAUCGCUCCUUUACGGCGCGCUUAGAAAUAUUUUUAAUUACUUCCCGAGCUCGCGAUCAGUGAGCUGGAGAUAAUUAAUAUACCCGACACUUAUUAAAUUAUUAUUCGCCAUAACUUGUUUGUAUAUCUAAGAUAUCGUGAUCAAUUGGAAAUAUAUUUUGUUAUAUCAUUCGAA